AUGCUCAAGGAUGCCCUGGGCAUGGCCAUCGCGAGCUUAGACGUGGAGAAGCCGCAGGCCUCUUGGAAUAUGCGGGGCGCAUGGCUUCUGCAGACUGCUUCCAGCAGCUGCGCUCCGGGAGAGGCCUGCUACACAGACCAGCUGCGUCUCACAUUCCUCCUCAUCGUGCUGGUUGGCGCCAUCGCUUCCAUGCUGUGUGCAUUUGGUUUCUUUCGCGAGGACAAAGACGAGCUGUUGACACCUCUGACACCUCAGCUCGUGGUGAAGAAGGAGGAGCGCAUGAUUCUGCAGUUGCCUUUCGACUCGAAGGAAGACAACUUCCUCGUGACGAAGGUGAACGGAGAUAUCUUUUGCCAGGUGGAGUCGAAGUGGCCUGAUCCAUUUCGGGAAGGCAGCAAAGUGCCAGAGGUUGAGGUGCGCUUGUCCAAUGCGAAAAACCAGCCGCUGACGAUGGUCUCCACGGUUGUGGACAGGAACUUUGUGAUGGCAAGCCAUGCAUUUUCACUAUGCCGAAAUCACAACAAAGACGAGGCUUUCGCGUUCGUGACGCCGGAGCAUCCCGAGAAUCCAAGAAGAUACUUCGUCAGGCAUAGGAUGGGCUACCCCCUGAUGAGCCUGGAUGGAGACUUCGGUCCCGAAGGGCGCAUCAGCAUCCGCGGGCUGAACAAGGACAACUACCAGAUCUGCGGUCUGGAGAAGACGGCCUCUGGCGAAUGCCAAUGCUUCGUCUUGCAACACAUCGACGCAGGGCUUGUUCUGGGCGCUCUCUUCGCGAUUCGCCUUCACAGCAGGUUGGCACAGGAGCGACGCCUAGCCGAGCAGGCAGCCGAAAGUGCGGAGAGCAUCCGAGCUGCUGCUCAACUACAGCCGCCUGUGGUGCCGGAAGGAUCCGAAGCAGACAGGCCACCUCCUACACCGUCGCAGGCUGAUGCCUCUGAAGAAGCCAGCUGA